AAACUAACUAAAAGGCAGUGGAAGAAUAAAAAAAAAAAAAACAAGAAAAAAAAAUUUAUAAAGGACAAAUGUUUUUUUAUCUUUCGAAAUUUUUAAAGAAGAGAUAACACAAAAAAAAAGGUUUGCAUUGUGAUUAAAGAAAUCGCCCAAUUUUCGUUCGAAUUAUAUUUGAUACUGGAAUUUAAAAAAAAAAAAAUAUAAAAGCAAUUUUCAUUUCCCUAUCAGAGGAAACAGAAACUGAAAACAAAACAAAAAAAUUCACAAGAAAAUAAAGAAAAUUUAAAUAAAAACAAAACAGCAAAAGGAAAUACACAAGGACACUGAAAACUUGAAAAGGAAAUCCAGAUUUUUGUUUUCAAAUGUUUUAAGUUUUAAAUUUUUUUUUUUUUGUGUUUUUAUUUCGUGUUUGCGCUUAAUUGUGCAACAAACAAUGAAGGUCAGGAUAGGCUGUGCAAGUUGGUUAACAUUGCUGUUAGUUGGAUCAAGUAUCAUUGUCGUUUCACCAGAAAGUUCAACAACCGUAACAACAACAUUUCAACAGCCUACAAUGCCAUCGUCAGUGACGGCCGGCAUGACAUAUGAUAAAUUUUUAAAAAAUAAAUUAACCCCAUUAUUUAAUUUUAUAUUACCUACAACAUUAACAAGUAUAACAACAACAAGAACUAACAAUAAAAAUAAUAAUGAUAAUAAUGAAAGAAUAUCAAAUGAUAUAAUAUUAAAUGAAAAUAAUUUUAAAAUGAUAUCGAAAUCAACAACGACAACAGAAUCAACAACAACGUCUACAAUAACAAUAAUGGAAUCUAUAUUACCUGCAUUUCCUGUAUCCUCAUCGUUAUCAUCAUCUGUUCCAUCACUUAUUUCUCCAACAGAAUCAUUAUCAUCAUCGUCGGCAUCAUUAUUAGAAUUGGAUAUAAAAUAUAGUAAAUCUAGUAAUAAGAAUAAUUUAAAUAAAAUCAAUAAUAGUAAUAAGGAUAAUAGUAAUAUUAUUAUUAAUAAAAAUGUAAAUAUUCCUACCGGUAUUAAUUUAAAUUCGAAUGAAGAAAUUUUACAAGAUUCUUCUAUUAUUUCUUCUUCUAUUUUAACACCUAUACAAUUAUUAGAUGAAACAAAAAUGACAACAUCAAUAAAUAAAAAUAAUCAUAAUCUUCCUACAAAUUCGUUUACAUUAUCACCAUCAUCAUCGCCAUCGUCAUCAGCGCCUUCAAAAACAAUAACAAUAACAAAAACAAUAGAAAAUGAUAAUAAUUCAGUAAAAGAGAAAACUUUUAAAACAAUAACAAAACUAAAAAAUAAUGAUAAUAGCAAAAAAGAUAAAAAAAAUAAUAAUACUCAUCAAAAUCAAAAUUAUCAAUAUCAAAAGCAUCUAGAAGAACAGGAACAGGAGAAAAUAAAACAGCACCAAUAUCAAAAAGAACAACAACAAAAAUAUAUUCAUUAUUAUCAUUAUAAUGAUCAUAAGCAUUUAUAUAGUAAAAAUUAUCAAAAUCAACAACAUUAUCAACAUUAUACUCACAAUAAUAAUAAUAUUGAUGAUAAUGAUGAUGAUGAUAUUAUGAGAAUUAGUAAUGUUAAAAAUAGCAUCAGCAGCAACACCAGUAACAUUAAUAGUAACAUUAAUAUUAAUAAUAGAAGUAAUAGUAAUCGUAAUGAUAAUAAUAGAAAUAAUUUAAAAAAUAGUUAUAUUAAUGAUAAUAGUAAUAGUAAUAAUUUUAAUAAUAAUAGAAAUAAUAAUAAUAUAAUAAUAAGUAAAAAUAAUAAUAAUAAUAUUAGUUAUAAAAAUAAAAGAAAUGUUCCACAAAGUGAUGAACCUAUUGAUGCGGCUACAUUACAAGCUGAUUUAUGUGCUAAAUUUACAAUUGGUGAUGUUGAUACACAAACAUUUUAUAGUCCAAAUUAUCCAGAUAAUUAUCCAAAGAAUAUUAAUUGUACAAAAGUAAUUACAGCACCACCAGAUCAUAUAGUAAGAUUAGAUUUUCGUGAUGUGUUCAAUAUUGAAGAUAAAGAGGAAUGUAAAUUUGAUUACUUAGAGAUACGUGAUGGACCAUAUGGAUUUUCAAAAUUAGUUAAAGAAGAACCAGGAAGAUUUUGUGGUAGAACAUUUCCAGAUGUUAUACAAUCAACUGAAAGACAUUUAUGGUUAUAUUUUCAUUCGGAUGAAAGUAUUGAAUAUGAAGGUUUCACAGCUGUCUACGAAUUUGUAGAAAGACCAAAAAAUGUUCCAAGUAAAGAUUUAAAUUGUACAAUUAUUAAGAAAGGUUAUGAAGGCUGGAUCAAUCAUACAGAUGUGCCACAAUAUGUAAAAGAUAAUGUAACGGAACAUAAAAUUCCAAUCGAUUGUAUGUGGAGAAUAGAAGCACCAGAAAAUUGGAGGAUACAAACAAAAUUUAUGCUUUUUGAUUUAAAAAUGCCAAAUGAUUGCAAUAUGAAUUUCAUUGAUAUUUUUCCAGAGGAUACAACAAUACCAGCAAGAAUAAAAAAUUUUUGUGGAUCAGCGGGUGAAUCAGCACAAUCAUCAUCAAAUAUAUUACAUGUACGUUAUUAUGCUGAACAUCAGGCUAUGAAUUCAUCAUUUGAGAUAUUAUAUACAGCAUACAGGGACAAAGGAACUUCAUCCUGUGAUGAAGAACAUGAAUAUGAUUGUGAGGAUACAACUUGCAUUUCACGUACAUUAAGAUGCAAUGGUCGUGAUAAUUGCAAAUUUCGAUGGGAUGAAGAAAACUGCAAAAGUGAUUCAGGUGGUCAGUCCGAACAUGUUGUUAUUAUAAUUGUUGUGUUCGGUUUGAUACUCGGCGGUAUGAUAGCAUCAUUUUUAUUCAAUUGUAUUCGUAAAUUGGUUAGGGAUCAAAAAAUUAUUAGGGAACAUAUACGGCAAUCAAAAGAAAGUAAACUUGAUGAAAUGGGACGAAGUUCAGUAAAAAGAUCUGGUGAAAAUUUAUCAGUGAAAUUAUCACCAAAAGAGAAACAUUCACAAACAUCACUACAAAUUCUAGAUGACGUUUCAAAUAAUUUUUACAGAAAUAUGAUGCCAUUACCAGAAAUAAAAGCAGAUCCAAUUUUAAGACAACAACAUGAUAUUGUUGCACAAACAAAUUUGGGACCAAUUAUAGAUGAUCGUGAAUCAUUAGCAUCACCAGAUCGAGGUAUUGGUAGUACUACAUGUGAUAUGGGUUGUCAGACUAGCUUCUUACACUUUAUACAAAAUUCCAGAGAAUCAUUAUUUUCUCCUCCAUCAACAACAACUUUAGUUAGGCAAAAAUCAUUAGGAUCAUCACCAUCACCAAAUCAAUCACAAUCAGCUAUUCGUUUUUCAACAUUCGGUUAUGAUACAAAUAACCCACCGAUGGGUCAAAAAUCAAAGACCCUUUCUAGACAAAGUACAAUAAAUAAUAGAACAUCAGCUGCUAUAGAAUUAGAAGAAUUACAAUAUCAUCAUAGUACAUUACCUCAUAAUAUACAUCAACAUCAUAUAAAACAACAUCAACAGCAACAGCAACAACAACAACAACAACCAUAUCCAAUUGGUUUUUCAAAAUUUCAACAAUCACGAUUAAGUGGUAUGCAAGGUGGUGCUGAUAUGCAACAAUUAUCAUCAAAUAGAGGACAACCGGAAGUAUGUCAUCAUCAUCAUCAACAUAAACAACAUUUACAACAACAACAACAAUUACAAGCUGCACAACAACAACAACAACAGCAACAACAACAAAUUGGAUUAAAAUUAGCUAGUGGUGGUGGUAAUACCACAAAUACUGGUAGUAGUGGCAGUAGUAGUAAUAAUAAACAACAACAGGGUAAAUUAGAUGAAUCAAAAGUUUAUAUUGAUAUUAGAAAAUCAGCACCAGAUGUCAUCAUUAUGACAUCCCAUUGACAAUUAAGGAAAUUUUUUAAUAAUAAAAAUUUUUUCAAUAAUAAUUUUUAUUCUAAAAAUUUUAAAAUUUAUAAUAAUUUUUUAAUUA